AUGGUAAUGCGACAUCAACGGACAGCCUCCCAGCUUGGGCAGGAGUUACUGUUGGCGUUACUGUUGCUCUCACCACCGUUCUUUUGUGAUGCGCUUCCUUUCAACACCGAACCCACACCACAGUCGUUUGUGAACUGCAAUCAACCACCAUUGGAAGCGCACCCGAAAGACUGCUGUCAGUUACCAUCGCUGAUCGAUGAGGAUCUCCUGCGAAAUUGCAAGAAUCUGUACGGUGGAGAACCACUCCAACGGUCGCUUAUAUACGAACGUGGCAAGUGCUUCGUAGAGUGUGCACUGAACGCAACGGGAACGCUAGUGAACGGUGUGCUGGAUCAAGCGAAAAUAUUGAACGUGAUCGUCACAGCUACCCAGAACGAUCCACCGGUGAUGCAGCUGUUCCAAGGAAGCACACUGCAGUGCAUUCAGAGCGUUACGAGCAUUGUUCCUGAGCAGCAUGCAACUACGAGCUGCAACAAGCUUGGUGUAGACUUUGUUGGCUGUGUUAACAUCAGAAACUUUUUGAACUGUCCACCACACAUCUGGAGUAACAGCGCGCAGUGCAACAGCUUGAAGCAGUACCUCCAGCAAUGUCCACACCCGUUCUAAGCUCCAGCCGAUCGCCCAUUCUUCGCAUCUUCCAUGCAAACAGUUUA